GAUAAAAAAAACAAUGAAAGACCUCAAAUUACGGUGUAAAAAUUUGAAGGAGGAGCACAGUUCAUUUCGUGAUCCUGCUGAUAAAAUGAUUGUGGAGAAGGACAAAGAAAUUUCUAGACUUAUAGAUAUGGCUGAUGAUAACGAUAAUUAUAACACAGGCACGUAUAAACAGGACACAUCAAGUAUAAGCAACUCUGCUGCAGAACAGCAGAUUCUUAUUUUGGCAAGGCAGCAAGCCCAAAGAGAAGAAGAACUAGCACAGUCACCGCGGCACAUUUUAGCUCUUCAAAAGGAAAUUGAGGAUCUGGAGCGUGAGAAUCGGCUGCAUAGCCCACGGGAAUCUAUGUUGAAGGCUGAGCUUCGCAACAUGGAAAGAAUGCAGAAGAGGGAAGGAGUAGAUAUGACAUACCUGAAAAAUGUAAUCUUAAAGCUUCUUGAAACAGGUGAAGUGGAGGCCCUAUUACCUGUAGUUGGUAU